AUGAUCUCACUGACAUGUUUAACUGCUUCGUAAACAGCUGGUGAGCUUGCAGUGGUUUAUUCACUCCGAGAGUAAACUAUAUCAACUGUUUUUCAUCAAUUUUUGAGUUUUGAAUCAAAGUAGUGAUGUGUUAAAGUUUAUUCAAUUCGCUAUCACCAUUCUAAUCAUGUCUAAUAAUUUAGUGCUUACGGUAUUUUGUGCUCGGACUAUCAAAUUUUCAUCAAAUAAACAAACACCAGGAGUGUUAUCUUAAUUUUACGACAUCUGAUUCAACUACGGAUGGUUCUUUGGAUGAUGUUUGAUUGUACCCUGAUCAUCUUGGUAUCAUUUUUAUUAUUUAUACUUCUGAUUGAACCUUGGGAUAGCUUCGUGGGGUUUCCGAAUGGUUUACCUAGACAAUUUACCAUACAUCAGAUUCUAGAGAAUGCAACUGAGUCUCAAUUUAGAUGGAAUAUUUUGGCAAAAUAAUUAUUGGUCAAAGAUAAUUUAUGAUUUAGAGCAAUGUUAAACUUUGCUUUAUUGAGAUUGAUUUUACUACGUUUGGGUCGGUUAUCGAGAAGGAAAUGGCUCAUAUUUCUUGGUACCUGUUUGAUAAUUUUUCUAACCAGUUUUUUAAUUCUCGAUUCUAUUUUGCUCAUCAUCAACCAAUUUACAAAUUUUUAUCAUUGGCUCGAUUGUUUAUCUGGUAAAAUGUUGGCUCGACAGGAAGUCUGCAUAUCUUAUGAGAAGGGAAAAAUAGCCGGUAACUUGUGUCCUGAUUGGUGUUCUGGGUCCACAUCUAUCUUACAGUCAUGUCCAUCAUCUAAAACAUUCCAUGUUGGCAAAGAAUGCAUCUUUCGUGGUCAAUGGAAAGAAUCAGAUAUCAUUGUGAAGGCCAAGAAAUUAAAAGUGACCAAUAUGAUAGAUGAAGAUAUAAAGUUAACCCGAGAGGAAACUAUUCAAGGCAUACAUGCAAUUAUUACGACCGAUUUUGAAGGGACAGAAAUAGAUCCAUCGUAUUUAACUAUACCUUGGUUUGGUUCUUCUGUCAAAUUGUCUUCCUUAACGAACAAAGAACUAAAUAGUCUAUGGACACUUGCUCAAGAUAACGAAUACAUUUACAGCACUUUUUUUGGUCAACUAACCCAAUGGAAUUCGGUUAAGCUCUUACCUCAAGUUCUGGGAACUUGUGGUCAUUUCUAUGCCGUUGAAUAUAUCCCCGAAGCUAUUCAAUUUUUCGAUGUUAUUCCUGAAAAAUCUUCACUUCACUUAUUCAAGUCAUCAUUUAGUAAACGUCUGUCCAUUUCUCACAUGUUUUUGAAAUUUUUAUACCACCUUGAGUCUGGUAACUAUAAUUUGCAACUUUGUGAUGUCAAGUAUGAUCAAUUCGCCAUGAAAAAUGGCACUAUUUUGUUGAUUGACUCUGAUAUGCUUUAUCCAAGUGAAGUUGUCCAAGAAUCUAUCCAACAUAUUGACUCGUGCAUUAAAGACGAAGACUGUGAUUUCAUUGAUUGCAAAGGACGCUGUAAACCAUCCAAAGUUGGCGGUACUUGUGACAUCGAUAUUGAUUCGGACAGUAAUCUUAAAAGGAUUUGCCGAAAUUUAUUUUUCAUCGAUGAAAUAUCAACGAAAGAUUUAGUAAAAUCUUCUAGUCAAAUUAAUGCUGGAUUAUUGUCUCAUUUCCCUCUCUCAUACCAAUCCGAUAUUUACAAAUUGAAACAAUUGUGUUCUGGACGGAUAAAAGAGUCUGAAAUGAUAUCUACCAUCAAAAAGAUGAUUGAUUUAACAUCUGCUAUACAAUCAAGGACAUAUCCCCUGAAUGGUUAAAUUCAUCAUCAACUCUGAUCAUUUAAAAAAAUCAAACCAAAAGAAAUCUAGUCUAAAGGGAAAGGAGCAAAAAUGUACAUCACCAAUUCCCUUCAAUUUAGCUUCUAAAAUUAAAAAAAUUGAAGUCAUCACAUCAAAAUAUUAUUCUGUGCAAAUUAAAUUACUAACCUGGACAAAAAUAAUGUAUAAUCGAGUCAGAUUGUGAAAAUGUUUCCAGUUUCAACAAGUUAAUUUAAAUUCAGUUUUAAUGACAAACAUUCACAAACAAACAUUGUACAGACAUUUUAUUUCUGCAAAUUCAUAUGUAAACGUUUUGUCGGAGUU